CGGAAAACCAUGUUGCCUCUUGAUCUUAUGUUUCAACGCAUACCCUGUGUAAAGCACGCAUCGGACACCUUAAGUUUGAAGCUUGUUGACUGAAGGCACGUACUGAGGCAUUGACGCACUCGAACGUUGGGCGCGUUGCCCAACUCAGGGAUGCCGGGGUGGGUGACCAAGUGUCAGGCAGGACGACAAGCACAGGUGUGUUGGCCCUCCUCACUUCCUGUCUUGCCUCCAAAGCAGCAGACCAAGCCUCCACUCCACCCCAUCCAAGAGUUCCUCCGCAGACAAUGCUCGCCCGCAUUACCAUCGCGCUUGCCAGUCUCGCCGCCGUCGCUGCAGAUGAUUGCGCUACGGCUUCCUACGGCAGCUGCGGUUCCGACGCUGCCGGAGUGAGCUGCUGCCCGACCGGUCAGUACUGCCAGCCAUGGGACUCGGCCUACUACCAGUGCAUCGACGUCCCUGCCAAGUGCACCGAGCAGUACCCCGACGUUGACUUCAACGGUGACGACCUCGAAACAGUGUACGGAAUCCAGCCUGGAGAAUGCUGCACACGAUGCACAGAGACCUCCGGGUGCGUCGCUUACACGUUCGCGAACAGCAACCCCGGGCAACCAGCUUGCUACCUCAAGAGCGGCACUGGCACCAGGACAACCUCCGUUGGGGCCGUCUCUGGGAUAUUGACAACCAACACGAACUCGACGACGCCGACACCGACGCCAACACCGACAGCUGCAUCCACUUCUUCUCCAACUUCAGCUCCAACGCCGACGGCUACUUCCACCCCAACGCCAACCCCAACGUCAAGCUGCGCCACGGCGGCCUACGGAUCCUGCGGCUCCAGCACCGGAACAACUUGCUGCCCGAGCAGCUACUACUGCCAACCAUGGAGUGAUAGCUACUAUCAGUGCGUCCCACCUCCGUCGCAGUGCUCGUCGCAGCUGACGGACACGGAUUACCCCGGCAACGACCUCGAGACGGUCUACGUGAGCCUUCCGUCGCUCUGCUGUGACGCCUGUGCUAGUAAGGCCGGGUGCAAGGCUUACACGUACAUCAACAACAACCCCGGACAGCCCGUGUGCUACCUGAAGAGCGCUGUCGGCACCGCCAGCAACAACGUGGGCGUUGUAUCUGGUAUCCUCAACUAAGCUUGAGACGCAACACAUGCAUGCUCUUGUCCUGGAUGGUACCAACCAAAUCCUCGUGAAUCCCUUCUUGGCGCAGUUUCCAGAGUUAACCAUAGCACUAAUUCAUGAAGCUCGUACGACAAUUCCUUGUCUGUUGC